CUAGACUGUAACUAGUUGGCGGGAAAGAGGACGAGCAGAUGUGGGAUGAAAGCACAUUGCUGUUUAAGCACAUAUCAGGACGAACCCUGCUUUCUUCAUGAUGGAGAAUGAUUUAGCUCUCUCUGAUCAGGGCUCAGAUGCUGGCAGUGAAGAAGUUCUGACACCUGCAGAGCUGAUUAACAAGUUGGAGGAGGCAUGGCUUAAUGAAAAGUUUGCGCCUGAGCUCUUGGAGAGCAAAUCUGAGAUUAUUGAAUGUGUAAUGGAGCAGUUGAACCAUAUGGAGCAGAACUUGCAGAGGGCAAAGGCUGGUGACCUGAAGAUCAGCUUCCACCACAUGGAAAUUGAGAGGAUCCGAUACAUGCUUAGCAGUUACCUUCGAAGCCGCUUGAUUAAGAUUGAGAAAUUUUUCCCCCAUGUCUUGGAGAAAGAGAAGACUCGAGGGGAGGGAGAUCCUCCAUGUUUGUCACCUGAAGAGUUUGCUUUUGCCAAAGAGUACACGGCACACACAGAAACCUUAUUAAAGAGUGUGGCUCUUCGACACAUGCCACCAAAUUUGCAGGCUGUGGAUCUUGUUAAAUUGGUCCCAAAGCCAAACCUAGAUUCCUUUGUGUUCCUGAAAGUUAAAGAACAUCAGGAAAACAUCUUGGUGGAACCAGAGUCAGAUGACCAAAGUGAGUAUGCCAUAGACAUGGAAGUUGGAUCCCAGCAUCUCAUCCGCUACCGCACAAUAGCCCCACUUGUGGCCUCUGGAGCUGUGAAUCUCAUUUGACUUUGUAUGCUGUACAAAACUAUAUAACCAGCAGGGGGCAGCAGAGUAACAUACUUGAAUUGUUGGCCACUCCAUCUGUUGCACUGCAUAAAACCAACACACUGCAUACAAAAGGAAAGUAAUGACCGUGUCAUUCACAAUCUAGCUGUAUAAUUCAGAACUUCAUGUUCUGCUAACAUGUAUAAAGAUAAAGAGUUCAACGGGUUUGGAGUCACUGAUUUUCAUAAAAAUUGGGAAAUGACUGCUUUUUACAUUGUAUAAUACAAAGGCUGGCAUGUUAAUCUCCGAAGAUAUCACACAAGCUUGGAUAAUGUGCUUCCUUAUUUUAUUGGAUAUGUGAAAGACUUGAGACGGUAUCAGUAACCAGAAGGUUAAGUUCCAAACAGUCAUGGUAGCCCAUUGCUUAUCGGAAUACUGUCCUACAAUACACUUGCAAGUUGAUCUGUGUGUCGCCUGUAGAAUCAUUUCACAUAUUCAUCAAUAGACAAUUUAUCUUCACUCAAAACAAAUGCUUCAGCGGAUUAUGUGGACUUAAAAAGCAGAUGGGUGAAGAAAAAUACAAUCGAAAAAUUUAGAGUUUGUCAUCAGUCUUUGUUUUUGAAUUAAUUUCUGAAAGAUGAUGUAAAACAUAUUUCCUGUUAUAGAUUAAAAACACAGCACAAAGCUCAUAAAUGAUCACUUCUAUUUAAUAUUUAAGUAUGUGUGUAUAUUGUUGGCAAACUUGAGUCAGCCUAUCAAAUCUUCGUACGAAAACAAGGAAUGUGUCCAUGGAACACAUUUGUUUCUCGUUGCAUUAGAUUUGUAUUAUUUCCUAAAAAUUGCCCAUUUUCUUUGGAAAAAUAAAAUUUUAGCAGUUAUAUUUGUAUUUAAUACUAACUGUUCAUUUGGUGACAGUUGUCGGCUUAGAUUUCCCCUUUUAUCUUUUUAUCUACUGAUUUUACAUUGUCAGUUAUAUAGUUAAACCCUGGCAGUCACCAAUCCUUUAAAAUGUUUUAUUCUCUGUAAUUGACUCGUACAUUGUAUUUUGAGAGGGUGAAUGGUUAUUAUUAGCAUGCAUGCACUUUGUAUUCACUGACAUUGUAGAUCACACCUCCGUGCUAAAGUCAUUAAGGUAUAAGCUAAACACUUCAGAUAUCUGUCUUUUGCCUUUUCUGCAUGACAAAUGCGCUUCAUUUUUUUUUCUUAUUAAUUGGGUCUUUUUCUCUGAAGAACCAUUAAAUUAAUGAAGGUCAUUGACUUAAUGAGUAAACAAACUGUACCCUCCCCGUUUAAUUUAACAAUAAGAAGGCCAUUUUCCCUGAAGGCUUCAGCUUUGUAUACAAUGCAGUAUUUAAUGCUCAAACAAAAACAUGAUUUACGUGUCUCUCACUCUCUGUCUGUCUAACCCAGUCUCCUGUUACUCUCACUCCUAGCACUGCACAUGAAAAGGUCUACAAACAUAAAUCUGAGAACAAUUGUUAAAUCUCUGGAGAAUGAAACUGUGUUGAUUAACCAGGGGAAGGGGUUACUUUUUUUAAUUGUAACUUUUUUGUUGCUUAAAACAUAUUUUAUUUUGCACCUGGAGAUUUGUAAUAAAUCCAGUUUUUGGCUUAAUAACAGUGCAUUUCCACUUGUUUUAGUAUUGGUGUUUAAUACAGAAAGGUGAUGCCUGCAAAAAUAUAAAUUACUAAUGGGCAAUAUAAGUAAAAUGUGAAAGAUACUGAUGUAUCAAAUAUAUAAAGAUUAAACAAUGUCACUUGUAAAUAAAAUGUAUAUUAUAUACUGUAAACAGGGAUAAAGGCUGAUCACUCACACUGCCAAUGGAAUCUGAGCACUAAACAUUGAGCUACUAGGUUAUGUGUUCUUUUUCCCAUUAAAAAGCUUAAAAAGUUUGAUUUAUUCACCGAGUUCUAGUGAACUGAAAGCUGAAUUGCAAAAUUUAGGCUAAAAUAGCUGAAUCAGAAAAAUCCUUCAACACCGCUGUUAUCUAAUCUUGGCUAAUUUUGCCAUUUGGAUUUUACAGUUCAUUGUUUAGCAAAGGAAUGCCCGCUGUGUGUUGCUCACCAAUGGGCCAAUCUUAUUUCAGACUUAUCGAUGUGCUUUACAUUCCUGAUUGUUGCAUAUAAGGGUGCAGUUUCUAGACUUGUCUUUAACGUCACUUGUAGUGUAGCAAUUCUUCUUAAAUACACCAAAUUUCACCAAAGUAUGGCUAUAAACUUAUUUUUUUAUUUAAUUCAUGAGCAGCCUGGUAAUGUUUAGCUGGGUUUACUUCAGCACUGUACAUAGGAGAUUCAGUAUAGUAGGUGAUUGAUUAUACUCUCCAAGUAAUUGUCAGUUAUUCUUAGUGGGACAAACAUGUUGGCCUUCCCACCUGAUACUUUAACAUGCAACCCAGUGUAUAUGGAGUAUGAAAUAUGAAAUAUUUUAGGAAUAGGGACAAAUGCAUAUCACAAGGCCAUUAAGGGUGUCAGAUUUUCUGUCCACCCCUUUACUGUAGGACAUCAGGUGAAGGGAUAAGAGAGAGUCCAGGGCUUCAUAUAGGUCAUAAGGUGGUCCACCAGCAUCAACUAAUUCCACAUAUUUCAUACCAGAGGAUGUUUAAAGGAAAGGGUUAGGAAAGUAGGUCUUAGAGCUCUCCAUUAUCGACCCACAGAGUGGUGUGUAUUGGAUGUGGCAGUGUCAGGUUAUACUGCCAGCCAGGUACCCCUAAGCUAAUAAUUGAUUCUGGUAACACCAGUUUGAAUUUUACUUUCCUCUUGCCCAAUGGAUAGAGUAAAAUGUUAAACUAUUCUUUGUUGGUGGGAGUAGGUGUACCCACUGUUGAUUUCUGUUUUUAAUGCAAAUAGUAUGGGGAAUUAAUUCCUGAUGCCAUUGUUCAGGGCAAAAUCAGUUUGGCUCAGUUUCGAUGCUGUUUAAUUUGAUAUAAUAAAUUUUGUCCCUUUUGGAAGAAACCAAAUUUGUGGGCUAACUUUGCUGAUGAAAAUUAAUUUGAUUGUAAAUUACCCCAUACUUAAUUAUGCAGUAUUUUGCAUUGACACACCCUCCAAGCCAAUUCUAACAUUUCCAAACAACAUGUUAGUUUUGCUGUAAUUUAGAAAAGGACUCAUAAUACUUGUGGUUCCAUUACAAUUGGGGGGCUACUUGUGGGCCA